GACACUUUGAUCCAUUAUGUUCUACAUUGCCUCAUGGAUUUCCUGGAACUUGCCACUUCCGGGUGAAAGAAGGCCUGGCGGAACUUGGCUCACGUAAUAUCAGCUGAUUGUCACAGUAGAUACAGUACCGGUACCUGCGUACAACGGCUACUUAGCACAGGCAUGCUGCUGUUUUGUUAUUACCAACACUGAGCUGGAUUUUGGCUUCAUGUACGUGUACCUGGAGACUGCUCCUUUCUUAACAUCCUGGGCAGGUUUUUUUUUUUUUUCAAGGAAUCCUGUCUACGUACAUCAGUGAAAAGAUUCCAACGUUGUUUGUGGUUGUGCAAUCUUUUGGGAGCACUGCCUUAUUUAGUUCCAUCUACUUCAUUGACUGUCAACAAGUGACAUGCUUUUUUCCCCACUUUAACUGCUUUGGUCUAAAAUUUAUACGCAAGCCCAAAGACCAUCAUUCAAUGACAAUAUUGAACUGCACAGUCUUUGUACAUGUAAACGUGAGUGAUAGGUGUACAUGUACUGUACGUUGUUGCAAAGUGUACAUAAGUGAUAGGAGGAGGUCUGUCCACAGCAAAGACAUUUGACUCUGAAAUAAGUGAACAUGGUGAAACGCUCGUUGGUGCUGUAAUUGGAUUUGAGAACUUGGUACUAAGUUCUGAAUUCUAUAAGUUGAUGCUACCGGUAGGCUCACAGUUUGCGUUGAACUUGUUCCAGUGAUUGGCUUUAAAAAGAAGUUUAACCUGUUGCCGAAGUGUGACAUUAUACCUGGACGUUCACCACUUUUUUCUACUUGCGACGAUACAAUACGUGACGGUGUACAUUGUGACCAUGCUACAUGUACCGGUAGUAGCUGCCCCAGGCAUGGAUACCAGAACAGCUCUCGAUAAGACCAUAUGGGUUGUCGUUGGAAUGACGGGGGAUUGUAGUGAGGAGAACACGGAGCAAGAGGCCGCAGAGGGAGAACUCUUUGAAGCCACCCAUCUAUUUCUGGAUCAUCUAAACAGAGUACGAGCAGAGUACAAUGUGGCACCGGUAUCGUGGAAGACGGCUGUGCGCUUUUUAAUGGCAAGGAAGUUUGACGUGAAGAGGGCGUUAGAACUGUUCAAGAACCAUGCGGCACUGAGACAAAGGGAAGGCCUCAGCCACUUAUCACCCACAGAAGAACCACUCAGCAGAGAGCUCCUCAGUGGGAAGUUCACCAUUUUGCCUCACAGAGACACGACGGGGGCGGCCAUCGCGUUGUUCUCGGCCAAGCUGCAUGCUCCCAAUGCGGUCCCCAUGCAAGCCGUCCUACAGGCCGUGGUGUUCCAGCUUGACCAUGCGUUGUCAGAUAACAACACACAGAGGAAUGGACUGACCUGCAUCUACAACAUGACUGAGUCCUCCUUUGCCAACUUUGACAUGAACCUGAGCAAGAAGCUACUGAGCAUGCUCCGUGAGGGCUACCCAGCCCGGCUGAAGCGGGUGUACGUCGUGACACCACCGCUGUGGUUCAAGGCCAUGUACAAGCUCCUGGCGCCCUUACUGAAAGAGAAAAUCAAAGAAAGGGUUACCUUAGUAAGUGCAGAGAGAUUGUGCCGUUACAUCCCAGCUAUGGCACUCCCCCGAGAGCUCGGCGGUAGCGCUGAGGUCAAGCAUUUGGACUGGCUUAACUCCUGCCUGAACCAGCAGACUGGCGACAACAACCGCAACUCCCAGGACCUGAGCGACGAAUUUGCCGACAGCCUGGAUGCUUUGGAGGCAAACCGCAAGGCCCUGGAACUUUUUGGUGCAAUCCCGUCUGCUGGCAGCAAAGCACUGCCACAACCCUAUGUGAACCACGUGCAGGCUGUGCAGCGGGAGCGGACGUCCAGCCUGGGCUCUGACGCUGGCCAUGGGCUGGUGGCUGUACCUAGCCAGACGGGCAGCGCAGGCAACUCCAUACCCUCCAGCCCCGCGCAGCCACGCCACCGCAACCUGGCCCAGGAGAUCAAUGAUCACGUGGACAGGCUGGAUGCACUGGACAAGAACGACAUCCCGGACUGCACCGCGGUGCUGGGCAGGACUGACCACCACCCCCACCCCCAGAUCGUCCAGGGGUGCAUGGUGAGCGAUGAUGACGACGAAGAGAAGGGCCAACAGGAGACCAAGGAAAAGCAUGAAACUGAACCAGUGCGUGAAGCCAUCAGCAACCACAUCAACCAGACCAACCACAGUAACGACGACGAUUUGAUCGACAUGCCCACGGAGCCUCCUCCAAAGCCGCCCCGUCCACAGGAACAAGUCUGUGUUUCCACCCCUACUAUGCCAGGAAGGCACGCACUCAAGGAGGAACUGUCUGUGCACCAGCCCACUGACACAGGCAUGGACUUAGAUGGACUGGUAGAGUACGUACUUCAGACCAAACAAAGUGGGAUAUACAAGGAAUAUGCAAUGAUCCGGGCUGAACCUCCUGUAGGACUUUUCAACGUCUCAAAGCACAAGUUUAACUUGCCAAAGAAUAGAUACGCCGAUGUCCUGUGCUACGAUCAGUCUCGGGUCAAGUUAAAGCUAACCAAUGGGGACCCAUACUCGGACUACAUCAACGCUAACACCAUGGAUGGCUACAUGCAGAAGAAUGCAUUCAUAGCUGCUCAAGGUCCCCUUCCGAGAACGUUUGGCGACUUCUGGCGCAUGAUCUGGGAGCAGAGCGUGCUGGUGGUGGUCAUGACGACGCGUACAGUGGAACGGGGCCGGCUGAAAUGCGGCCAGUACUGGCCCGGGGAGGUGGGUUCGUCAGAGAACUACAGCUUUAUUGCCGUCAAGAACCUAGAGAUGGAGAGGCGGCGAGACUACACCAUCACCGUCUUCAGUGUGCAGAACAUGCAGACUGGAGAAACAAGACGAGUCACCCACAUGCAGUUCACCAGCUGGCCGGACUUUGGGACACCACGCUCUGCCCAGGCCAUGCUGGAGUUCAGGGAGGAGGUGCGCAGGUACCAGGCCAAGGCCGUGGAAGAGCUUGGGUCGGUCUGGACCAGCCACCCACUGGGCCCGCCCAUCCUUGUCCACUGCAGUGCAGGCAUCGGACGCACAGGCACUUUCUGCACGCUGGACAUCAGUCUGUCCAGGCUGGAAGAUGUCCACACAGUGGACAUUUGCAACACGGUGCGUCGCAUGCGGGCCCAGCGGGCCUUCAGCAUCCAGACGCCCGACCAGUACGAGUUCUGCUACUUUGCCAUCAUCGAGUACGCCCAGCGAGCAGGCAAGCUGGCCCCCAUCGACUUCUCCGGCUAUGAUGACAGCGAGAGCGACAGUGACUGAUGCUUGCAAGUUGCUUUUGCCAGGGUCAGAAGAGAAAGGAGUCUUAAAGUCUCGUUGAAGGUUUGAUUUUGCCUGUGUUUUGCGUUUGCUGUCCUUGAUUAUAUCCUGUAACUUUGCAGGGGCUGAAUUUUAUCAAUUCCAAAAAAAAUGCUUGUCUAAAGCUUGUUUUUCAUGUUGGGCAUUUAACGACGACAGAAUCAAUUUUAGAGGACAAAUAAACUUGAGACUUUGGACUAAUAACAAUACUUUUUAAGUUAAAUUUUGGGACAGAAGGACUCCAAAAGAACCAAGUGAGUACUUUUCUGAAACCUUUUGUUCCAAAAACUUGGUGUGAAAUUUUGGUUGAGACCCCUCCAAGGUCAGGAAUCUUGUUGGUAUUUACUGUCCAGUGUCUAUCCAUGUAGUAUAGUAUCAUCUGCACCAAACUGUGCAUCUUGCAAUAAACCUGGUUCUUUGAAAGUACAUCUCUGGGAAUGACAAUAAAUGUAUACUUAGGAAGCUUCUACAUGUAUAUGCAUCUGUGCGUUGUAACAUGCACUUACAUGUAAGCAGUGAUGGAUCGGUUGAUCCCACUAAUAAUUUAUGGAGUUCGUACAAGUGGCUUGUCAUAAAAGUUUGGCAGUGCACUCAAUGAGUUAAUAGUCUCCCUUCGUGGCAUGUCUGAGGGAAGUACGGUAUAAGAUAGAUGGGUAAUGUCUAGACAACUGUCACUGCAAGCACAGAAAUAAAUCGACUCCAGUUCUAAAAUAUAUAUACAUGUAGAUCGAAAAAAAAAAAGAAUAGCCCUUGUUGGAGGGAAAUGCAAUAUACUGGCAUUCUUUUUCAUCUCUCUUUUUUUUUCUGUAAAUACUAUACAAACCUGCUGAAUAAUUCCAUAGACAAGAGAAAAUCUUUGUGUCUUCUUCUGUGAUUGUUUUGUAAAAGAUGUAAAAUAAUUGUAAUUGGUGGCAUUGUAGUUUUUUCGAGAAUCAUGAUGAGAAAGCCCCCUUUUUAAAAAUGUGGUGGUCCAACUUUCACAACUGUAUUGUACAUGUGAUAUGCUCGGUAUUGAACUCAAAAGUAUUGUAACAGGAUUUUAACUGACUGCUAUUACUUGUAUAUAUUAAAUACUGUGUUAGCCAAUACACCUCAAGUUAAAUUUAUUUAAAUAAAACAGUGGUGUUAUUGAAUCAUCGUGAAAACUCACUUGAAACUCAUUCGAGGGAAGAGCGUCCAAGUUGCAAAUGCCAUACCUCAGAAGGCUUUUGUGUUUUCUUUUCUAUGCAAGUACAGGCAUGCGAUGUAUAAAUGAUAUCACGUUUAUUUAUUUUCAGUUGUAAUUUAUUAGUUAUUUAAGACUUUAAGACUCGGUUUGUUUUGCCUGCAACAAAGUACUGUUUUUCUUUAUGAUUACGGCUUUGAAAAGUUGAGUACACUAAAGGUGCAGUAGUUGAUAGGUGGAGGCGAAAAGUACACGAGGCCAGGUACUUGUGCAUGUGCUUGUAACUUGUUAGGUUAAGGGGGGGGGCAAUUAUUGCCAACAUUUCUUGGCAUGGUUUUGUCAUGCCUUACAUCUUAAUCACCCUACUGUUGGUAAACCAGUUAAAAAAAAGAGGCUCUUCUCUCUAUUUCUCACAUCAGGUUGUGGGAAUUUUGUAAGGUUUGUACCGCCGCACAGUUGCGCAGCAAGCAGCAACGGCAGAAUAUACAUGUACAUGUACUGUAUAUUGAAAAAUCAUGUUCCAGAAAAUUGAACAGUAGUAUUGUAUACAUUCCAGUGGACAGUGUCAUUUUGAGUAUCUGUAGUAAUUUGUGAUAUGCCGUUUACACCACUAAAAUGAUAAAACAAAGCAUCAAGUUUUGAGAAAAAUCAAAUUGGUUUUGUUUUUAAUACAGGUGCAGUUAAUUAUGUUCAGGAAUCAGGGAAAUAUGAUUGCACAAAAUUGCAAAAAAAUUCAACCAGUUUCAGAAAUUAUAUCUCACUAAUUUCUAUAGCUGGCUGAAAAUGGUUUGAGCCUCAAACUAUUGUCUGGUCAUCUUUGAUUUUUUAAAAUUACAUUACACUUAACCUCACCCUUUAUACACAAUUACACAGCAGUGGUAACAAAAGAAUUUCGAAAAUAUCUUUACUCUCUCUAAAAGGCUGUGAUAGUUUUCUGAAACAAAAGUUAUGACAGGUGUCUCUUGGUGCUUGCAGUGUUAUACAUGUACAUGAAUGUUGAGUCUGUAUAAAUAGAGGAUUAGCGGAAAUGGGGUUUUUACUAUGUAGUACAUCAGUUUGAUUAACGUUAGAGCCAUUGGUGGGAUGGGUUGAUGACUUCAAGAUGGGACAGAGAAAAAGUGUGGAGGCAUUGUCAUGUCAGUUUCUUGUUACUAGACAGAUUGGCAAGCUAAAUGAUGUGCAAACUGGUCAAAUCAAACAUGUUUCCAUAAAACUGUAUUAUGUUGUGACUGUUGA